UAUCCAUGCACCAGUCUGCUUUUAUUUAAUCAUGAAAAUAUUGAUCACAUUUCUUUGUCACCACAAUUAGGAUAUGUUCUAGGAUUUGAAAACCCUCAAAAUAUUAAAAAUAAGGAAGUUGCAAAAUAUGGAUCUGAUCUAAGGGGAGGAUUUUCUAGUUUUGCUGUAUAUGCAAAUGGUCUUACAGAGAAUAUGAUUAUUGGGAAUUCACUCAGCUCUCUUCUGCGUGUAGUUUCGGUCUCUGGCGCAACACCAGGAGAAUAUAACGAAAAGAUUUAUGAUACACCUAUUUAUGCCCGUGUCCUACCUAGAGAGAUUAAUGAGAUAGAGAUCGAGUUAAGAACAUUGGAUAAUGGACGAUUAGUUCCUUUCGCAUACGGAACAGUUUUAAUAGUAUUGAUAUUCAAAAAAGUGAUAAAUUUUUAA